AAGAAGGAGGGGGAAGAAUACCCUUGAAGAAAAAAGUGAAUGAUGCUUCUUGUUUAGAAUAUAGACUCCUACGGCGGUUGUAUAAACCCACGUAGUGGCAUUCCAUCACAACACAAUACAUCGCAUCUUCCUUACAUACACACUGCAAUUAAACCCACACUCUCUCAACAUUCAAUCAAUUCCCAAUUAUUAGGGUUUUUUCUAAUUUAAAUGUUGAGGAAUUCCAUCACCAAUGGAACCCUCUCAGCAAUCCAAAUCAAUCGAUUCCUCCACCAACGACCCACAAUUGAUUCCUGAACUCUCAGAUCUCAAUCACGUGACCCAUCUCGAUGAUGAGCUUCAGAACAAGUUGGAUUUGAAAGAUGGGGAUGAAAUUCAUGAAAAAGUUUCAAACUUUGAAGUUGCUGCUGUAGAAUCUGAAAAGGGUCAGGAGUGUCAUAAUGAUGACGGGUGGAAUGGUGAUGAUGAUGGGUGGAAUGGGGAUGAUGAGGUGAAUGACUGGGUUGAGAAUGUGAAUGUGAAUGAGAAUGUUGUUGUUAGUGGAGAAGUUGAUCAAGUGGAGAACAAGGAUGAAAGAAGCAAUGGUAAUGGUAGAGCUGAACUGUACCCUUUGAGGCCUGAAGCUGAAGACUGUUCCUUUUAUCUCAAAACUGGGACUUGCAAAUUUGGAUCCAAUUGCAAGUUUAAUCACCCUCUUAGGAGAAGAAGCUCGGCUUUUAAAGAGAGAGUAGGAGAUAGAGAUGAAUUGGAGAAAAGAGCAGGACAGACAGAAUGCAAGUAUUAUACAAGGUCUGGGGGUUGUAUGUUUGGAAAGGAUUGUAAAUUUGAUCAUUCCAGAGGAAAGUAUUCAGCCGUCCAAGUUUUAGAGUUUAACUUCCUCGGACUACCUAUUCGUUUGGGUGAGAAAGAGUGUCCCUAUUACAUGCAAACUGGCUCUUGUAAGUUUGGAGCAACCUGCAAGUUUAAUCAUCCCGAUCCUACAACUGUUGGCGGAUAUGAUUCCACUUCAGCAUAUGGUAAUGGAAGUUCUAUUUCAUUACACAAUGUAUCACAGUCAUCUUCUACCAGAAAAUUCAAUGAAACUGCAACAUUUGUGCCAAUCAUAAUUUCACCGACUCCGGGGGUUUCUCCUCGAAGCUCUGAAUGGAAUGGAUAUCAGGCACCUAUAUAUUUAUCAGAGAGGAGUACGCUUCCACCUUCACCAUAUGCCGUGAAGAACCCAGCUAUUGAAACAAAUGCUCAUAUGCACCGUCAUAAGCAGACGUCUGCUGAAGAGUUUCCUGAAAGACCUGGUGAACCCGAGUGUAGUUUCUUCUUAAAAACUGGGGACUGCAAAUUUAAGUUCCAUUGCAAAUUUCACCAUCCAAAGAAUCGGAUUACAAGAUCACCUCCUUGCAGCUUAAGUGACAAGGGUCUGCCUUUGAGACCUGGCCAGAAUACAUGCACGCAUUACAGCCGAUAUGGAAUUUGCAAAUUUGGACCAGCUUGUAAGUUUGACCACCCGAUAAACAUGCCGCCCCCAACUAUGCCUGGACUCUAUCAACAAUCCUCUUACACAAACUCUGCAAGUGUUGAGGAGGCAGGAAAUGGAGAUACUAGUGAUGCAACAAAUCAAUAGCAUGUUUAAAACACUUUUUAUCAAGGAUCUUCUGGCUUUGAGCAUGCAUACCAUCCAUAUUUUGUGAUUUCUUUUUACCAUGAUAGAUUUAUUUAAUGUCACUAGUUAUUAUGCCUAAUGCGGCUCAAGCUUUUUGCACAAUGGCAAUAGGACAUAUAUAUUCCAAAUAGAAGUUUUGUUAUCUUUUGUUUUUGGUUUAUUUUUCUAUCUCUUGGAUUAGUAUUUGUUAGAAUUUAGAAUAUUUCUCCAUGAUUGUCUUGGAAUUUUGAUUAGAUUUUCUGUUAUGAUAAUUGUAAUCAUCACAAUUGUGAUUGGUUUAUUCAUUCACUUUGUAA